UUGAGCCAAUAGCUGAGGAGGCUACACUGGAGAGUGUGGGGGAAGUGCCUAGAGUGGAAGAGAGUGUGGCCCCUGAUGGUAGCCAUACUGCAGGUGCAUCGGAGGAAUUCUUGAUUGAACGUGCCGUGAGUCCACUUUCUGAUGGAAAUAUCGCUGAAGAAAUUGUCUGGGACACGGCUGGGGGUGAGGAAGCGGUGGAGGAGCCAAUGGACGUGCAAAGUGGUAACAAAAAUCUUGCUGUGCAUGAAGUGUGUAGUCCGGCUAAAAGAGCUCAACCAUCUACUGUCUUUACUGCUGGGGAUUUGGGGGAGGGGGUUUCUUCAUGUUCCAGCCCUGAGACUCCUGCAAUUUUCAGAGAAGCCGUACAAUCGCCUGACCAAAGCUACUUGGAAAGUGAGAGUGUGGAGAACCUGCAGAACGUUUGUUUCUUCAGCUGCAGUUCUACAGAAUCCUAAUAUGCUUGCAUGGUGUAACAACUUCACCUUUGCAUGUCUCUCAAGAUAGUCUCCCUAAAUGUAAGGGGGUUUUCAUCAGUGGCGAAGAGGGCUGCUGUGCUAGAAUUGAUUUCUGUAUUUUUUCUGAGCAUUUUAGUUUUGGUAGGAUGAGUACUCAGGCCAUUCCUUUUUCUGAUCAUGUUAUUCUUUGUUGGGAAGUCAUGUUAAACAAUACAUUUUCCUUUGGGCGGGGAUUAUGGAAAUUAAAUUUGAAGCUAUUGGAGGAUAAUGAGUGCAGGGAACAAUUUGAGUGCUUAUAUAGAAAGUGGUGUAUGGAGAAAGGGAAUUUUGUUAAUAUACUGGAGUGGUGGGAUUGGGCAAAAGGUAAAAUAGCCAAGUUUUUUAAACGGGAAGGAUAUAAGAAAGGCAGAUUGAGGAGAAAUAUGUACGAUGGGUUAUGUAAUAGGCUGCAAAUGCUGUAUAAACUGGGAAAUGCUGCUGUUGAUGUAGAGGAGGAAAUUAUUAAGGUUAGAAAGGAAGUUCAAAAGACAAUUAAUGAAAGGGGUAAAAGUAUCAUUUAUAGAACCAAGGUUAAGCAUCUUGAUAAUGAUGAGAAAUGCGUUUCUUUUUCAAAAAAAUGUGUCAUAAAAGAAGUGUUUUUGUCAAAAUUCUAAAUAAGGAGGGUGAUGAGGUAUAUGGGGGGGAAAUGCAUAAAUGUAUAAGAGAGUUUUAUGCAGGUUUUGUGGGAGCAGAGAGGAAAUUGACACGGAGUUCUUGAAUAUUAUUGAUAACUGUUUGGACAAGGGGGACAUAGACUUUUUGGCUAAAGAUGUGGAUGUUGGUGAAAUUUUGGUGACGGUGAAGUCGAUGGCCUUAAAUAAAACUGCGGGUAGUGACGGGAUAAUCAGUGAAUUUUAUGGGAAAUACUGGGAUAUAAUUAAGGAGGAGUUUUUGGAAUUGUGUAAAUAUAUUAUGCUGAAUGGAGUGUUGUCUAGGUCAAUGAAGGAAGGGGUUAUUGUUUUAAUCUUCAAAAAGGGGGAUCGGCGGGAUAUUAGAAACUGGCGACCGAUCACAUUAUUAAACUCCGAUUAUAAAAUUCUGGCAAAGAUGGUGGCGAACAGGUUGCGGUGGUUGUGGAGAAGUUAGUUGGUGAAUCCCAAGCGUGUGCGGUGCCUGGGCGGAUAAUUACGGAGAAUUUAAUUUUGUUACAUGAUAUUAUUUCUUAUGUUCAAGAGAGAAAUUGUUCCAUGUUUGUUGCUUCGAUAGAUCUAGAGAAAGCAUACGAUAAGGUCUCACAUAAGUUUCUGUUUGCUGUUUUAAAUAGGAUGGGGGUCCCAGAGAGGUUGCUAAAAGUGAUUAAGGGGUUCUAUUCUGAUAUUGUGAGCAGGUUGUUAGUUAAUGGUUCUUUGGGUGAGAGCUUUAAGGUAUUGUCUGGUGUGAGGCAGGGGGGGCUCCUGUCUCCUAUUGCUUUUAUUUGUAUAAUGGAACCUUUAUUGAGAUUAGUGCAGAAAGAUAAAGUUAUUAGGGGAUUUGAUGUACCGGGGAGUGGGGGGAGGAAGGUUAAAUCUUUAUGUUACAUGGAUGACAUUGUUAUUUUGUGUGAGUCAUAUGGGGCGAUACAUAGGGUGACGUUAUUGCUAAAUGUAUUUUGUUGUGUAUCAAAUAUGAGGGUUAAUUGGAGUAAGUGUAAACUUUGUGUUUUUGGCAAAGAUGUGGAACUAGAGGAGGAUGUGAUAGAGGUAGCAAAGGAUGGAAUGGAGGUGCUAGGGAUCUUUUUUCAUAAGGGAUUGAGUGGGGGAGUGGUGUGGAAUGCUGUGGGUGAGAAAAUUGCAAGAAAAUUGCGUUUUUGGUGCCUGAGAGACUUAUCUUUGGCUGGGAAAGUGAUUGUGGUGAAAACUUGUUGUCUAUUAUUAUUUAUGCAAGUAAUGUAUUCCCUCCGGAUACCAAGUGUGUGCAAAAAAUGAAUAGGCUGAUUUUUGUUUUCUUGUGGGGGUCCCGUAUGGAGAAGUUGAGGAGAGAAAUUGUGUAUAAGCAGCAGAAAAAUGGUGGGUUGGAUUUACCAAAUAUUUGUGUGUUUGUGCAGCUGCAAUAUUGGGGCUGUAUUGUGAGAAUACUAAGUAAGGAUAGCUGCUGUGCUUGUAUGAUUCAGUAUAUGGGCGGGUGGCUGUUUAGGUGGUGGGGAUGGCAGGCUAUAGAGUUAAAUAGACCUGUUCAUUUUGAAGUUCCUAAGUUCUAUUUAUGUCUGAAAGAGUUUAGGGAUACAUAUGAGCUGGAGAAAUUGGGAGUAGAAGAGAAAAAUAAAAAAGUUGUUAAACAAUGGAUAAGGAGGAAUGAGCGGGUAAGUAACAUGGAUGGGUUGAAGUCUGAUGAUUCUCUGAGAUUGUGGAAAAAGUUGCAAAAGUCUGAGUUGGCAAAGCGUCAGCGGGAUGUGGUAUGGAUGUCCCUGCAUAAGUGCUUGCCGACAAGGGAAUUUCUGGGGAAGCGGGGAUUGUGUAGGGCUGCUGUGUGCCCAGUGGGGGGGUACGGUGAUGUUGAGACAGUAGAUCAUUUAUUUUGGGGUUGUGUGUAUGCUCGUGAGGUUAGGGAUGGGCUCAAACCUUUAUUUAGAGAGUUAUGUGGGUUGGAGACUGUUACCUGGGGAACAAUUAUGUUCGGGCUGGGUGUUGCUAACAAAGUGAAAUCAAGAGUAUUAUGGCUGUUGUUAGGCUGUAUUAAAGAAGUCCUAUGGGAUGUUAGGAAUCUAUUAAUAUUUAAAAACCAAGUGAUUGGGAAAGAAAUGUGUUUAAAUAUGAUUUUGGGGAGAUUAUAUGUGUAUUAUUUGAGAGAUGUUUAUCAUUCAAAUGCUACUGAUGCAGAAGGCGUAUGGAAGUAUAAAAAAUGGCGGUUUCUCAUCAAAUAAAUAUGUAUGUUUUUUUUUGACUGAUUUAAUUGUCAUUUAAAUAAAGGUGCCACGAUGAUGUAAA